AUGGGUUCCUCAGAAAAUCAUCUCUUAGCUGAGAACCAAACAGAAGUAACCUACUUCAUUAUCAAGGGUUUCCCAGGUCCACCUAAGGUGCAACUGAUUUACUUCUCUAUGUUUUUGCUUAUUUACAUCUUAACAGUUAUAACCAAUGCCCUUAUAAUCAUCAUGGUACAGCUGGACUCACGUCUCCACAUCCCUAUGUACUAUUUCCUCAGUAAUUUUUCUGUGCUGGACACCUGGUGCUCUUCGGCUGUUAUUCCCAAAACAUUGUCCUACCUGAUAACCAAUGACAGGACUAUUUCUCAUUCAGGUUGUCUCACUCAACUCUGCUUUGUAUUUUCUGUGGGUCCUACUGAAUUUUUCCUUCUUACUGUUAUGGCAUAUGACCGAUAUCUUGCAAUCUGCUAUCCUCUGCGUUACGCCAUAUUAAUGAACAACCACACUUGCCUGGUUUUAGCUGCUGGAUCCUGGAUGAGUGGUUUUCUUACAGGAUGGACAUUAACUAUCCCAAUGGCCAUGCUGAAUUUUUGUGGUCCCAACCUCAUCAACCAUUUUUUUUGUGAUUUUAUCCCACUUGUAAAAUUAUCUUGUUCUGACACAUCAACCAGUGAGACCACUUUCUUCUCCUUUGCCUGGGUAGUUGUGCUCAGCUCUCUGAUAUUUGCAGCUGUCUCUUACUCAUAUAUUGUUAAAACAAUUCUAAAAAUUCCAUCCUCUAUUGGCCGUAAAAAAGCUUUUUCUACUUGUGCUGCUCAUUUAACUGUGAUCAUAAUAUUCUAUGGAACUGUCAUCUUUAUGUAUGUUCGCCCAAGGGCUUCCUACAUUUCUGACAAAGAUAAAUUAAUUUCCCUGUUUUAUUCUGUGAUAACUCCUCUUUUGAAUCCUUUAAUAUACAGUCUCAGAAACAGGGAGUUUAAGCAGGCUUUGAAAAAAGUAAAAUCAAAGUUUUACUUGUUAUGCUAAUGAUACAUAAAACAUUUAAGAAAGCUAUUAUGAUGUUACACAUACUGUAUAUUCAAACUAUUAUUUUAUUUAUGAAAAAUCAUAUUAUCUGUUAAUUGUAUAUUUAUAUCCAUGAUCUAUAACAUAUGUUAUUAUUGUUUAUAAUACAAUGUUAUCCAUAAAUUUAAAUAAGCCAUGCUCUGUUACCAAAAUACAUAAAUACAAUCGCUUACAAUUAUUUUUGAAAAAGUAAAAAUCUUUCCAAGUAAUCUG